GUAGCAUCAUGUCAUAGUUUCAUCAGGAAGCGGAACCAUAAAAGUUGUUUCCCCCCUCGCCUUUGUUGUGUUAAACCCUCCGUUUUCUCAUCUGAGCUCGGCUGUUAAGACAACUAUGAAUCUUGAACGGAUUCCCAAUGAAGAGAAGCUUCAGCUUUGCAGAAGAUACUACCUAGGUGGUUUUGCAUUCCUCCCCUUUCUGUGGCUGGUUAAUGUGAUGUGGUUUUUCAAAGAGGCCUUUUUAAAACCUGCGUACACAGAACAACCACAGCUCAAAUCUUAUGUAAAGAAGUCGGCUAUGGGGCUUUUACUGUGGGUGGCCGUGCUGACGACGUGGAUCACCAUUUUCCAGCAUUUCAGAGCACGGUGGGGUGAGGUGGGAGAUUACCUCUCCUUCACCAUUCCACUCGGCACAGCCUGAUCAGAUGACGCUGCUUUAAAAUACCUCUUCUUUUUUUUUUUUAUUCUCCUCCUAUCGACAUGAUGCUCCUUCGCUAAUUUGACCACUGUUGUCUCUGUUGUCCAUUAAUAAAAAUUGUGUUUUGCACCAUUUCAAAUAAAAUCUGAAAAUUUC